AUGGCUCCUAGACCGAGACCAGCAGCUCCUGCACCUACGUAUGCGGAUUUGUUUGGCGAUGGAUCUUCCUCUAGCGGUCCAUCGUCUUCUUCCGGGACAGUUCCAGACUCUCACACAUCUCGGAGAGUUCCUUCGACCCCUCCUCCUCUUCCAUCUCAGAUGCCUCCCCCACGAGCUCCACCUGUCGCCCCGGAUCAGCCUGCCCCACCGGCUGCAGUUCAUCCCGAUUUGCGGGUGCCAGCUCAUGCACCAUUCGCAAGAUACACCGUCGAGGAUUUGCUUGCCCAGCCCGGACGAGAGGGUUUACACGUUCUGGACCCCGAUAGACCCCCAGAGACGAUGAAGGGAUAUUAUGACGGCCCUUAUCCCAACUGGACCAUGACUCCCGAUCACGUCAAGACGACGUGGUUUAAAUGUUUUGCGCAAAGGUGGAACUGGUCCGUAGGAAUCACCGAGAGGGUGAAGAGCGAAUUUAUUGCAAAGGCGAAAACUCGUCUUUGCAACACCGUCUCCGAUUGGAAGGACAAGUGA